AUGGUGUUUUGCAACUCUGACGCAGCUGUUGAUGUCGGUAGGAAAGAUUUUGUUAGUUUUUUUCCGCGUAAAAUAAGUGUUUGCUAGAUCCGGAUGUUCGGCGAGUUAAAGAAGGUGAUUUUCUGAAAUACAAACCCGGAUUCUUCUCUUCAAAAUGGAUUAAAAUGCAUGGUGUACUUUAUAGUGACUCAAGAUUAGCAUGGUUUGAAGAAAAGGUAUCACAAGACUGUUUCAUAUUAGAAAAAAAUAAAAAUCAUUUUAUAGAAUGACCGUAAACCAAAAGGAAGUGUACUUUUGAAGGAUGUUAUUCCAUAUAUUUGUGUUGGACAAAUGACUGACAAAAUGCCAACAAAGAGACCUUCAGUUGCUGAUGGAAAUUCAGUUCAUCAUUUGGUUGGAAUUGGAAUGGAUCCCAAAGCUGAAACUGUUCAUUGGAUUCAGUUUUCAAGUGAUGUUGAUAUUGAAAGUUGGUUCAAAGAAAUAACAAAAACACUUCCUCAACCACCAUCAGCGCCUGUAGAGCAAGGUUCAUCUCAACAGCCACAGCCACAGCCACAAUCUCAACCAAAACCUCAAAAUCAAAAUGGAAUUGCAUCAAAUCAACAUCUGAUGCCUCCGCCACAAAAUUCUAAUCAAAGUAAACAAUAUCCUGCACAACCUCCUCCAAGAUACAACAAUUCUCAACCUCAAAAUACUCAUACUACUGUUGUUGUGAAUUCAAAUCAGAAUAAUUAUGAUGACGGUGGAUUUGGAACUGGUCUUUUAGCUGGAAGUUUAUUGGGUUACGGUAUGGGAUCAAUGUGGGGUGGACAUGGAAUGUUUUAUGGCGGUCCGAUGAUUGGCGGAUAUGGUGUUCCAAUGAUGGGCGGAGCUUUUGUUUCGGAAAAUAAUGAUACAAAUAUUACAAAUAAUUAUUAUAAUGGAACACCGGAAAAUGGUGGAGAACAAGUUGGUGAAACACAAGAACAAAAUGAUAAUGUAGAACCUGAACAAGAACCUGAACCUGAACCUGAACAAGAUAUAGAAAAUGGAGGAUAUGAAGAUGGCGUUGGAUAUGGUGAAGAUUAUGGAAACGAUAUGAACUACGGUGGAGAAGAAAGCGGACCUGGUUAUAAUGAGAAUUAUAAUAUGGGUGAAUAUGGGGGUGAACAAUAUGGAGGUGAAUACCAGGGUGAUUAUGGCGGAGAUUUCGAAGGAGGAGGAGAUUACGGUGGAGAUUUUGGAGGAGGAGAUUACGGUGGAGAUUUUGGCGGUGGAGAUUUCUGA